GGCCGGCCGGCUGCGGUCGCCAUAUUUUUUCCGGCUGUCAAGUGUCAUUUUCACGCCGAUAUCUACGCAGUGUGACCGUGUCUUUCGUAUUUUUUACGUCACUUUAUUUCCUGUUUCAACAAGAUGCCGCUGCAGCUGACUAAACCCGCCCCCGCGUGGAAGACCACCGCCGUCAUUAACGGAGAGUUCAAGGACAUCGCGCUCUCAGACUACAAGGGCAAAUACGUCGUGCUCUUCUUCUACCCCCUCGACUUCACGUUCGUAUGCCCGACAGAGAUCAUCGCGUUUUCGGAGCGCGCGGACGACUUCCGCAAGAUCGGCUGUGAGGUGAUUGCUGCUUCCACCGACUCGCACUUCACCCACCUCGCCUGGAUCAACACGCCACGCAAACAGGGUGGUCUCGGCCCAAUGAACAUCCCGAUCAUCAGCGACAAGUCCCACAAGAUCGCGCGCGACUACGGAGUCUUGAACGAGGAGACCGGCAUCCCCUUCCGAGGACUGUUCAUCAUCGAUGACAAGGGCAACUUGCGCCAGAUCACCGUCAACGACUUGCCCGUUGGACGAUCAGUAGAAGAGACCCUCCGCCUUGUGCAAGCAUUCCAAUACACUGACAAGUACGGUGAGGUGUGCCCGGCCAACUGGCAGCCCGGCUCCAAGACCAUCAAGCCUGACACCAAGGCGGCUCAGGAGUACUUCGUUGAUACCAACUAAACCAAGAAACUCAUCAAGCAAGGAUAGACGUGUGACAUUGGGGAAUGUAUGUUAUGCCAUUCGUUGAAUGUAAUGUAGGAAAUACCAAUAGUAGACCGCGAAAAUCAGUUCUACUGAUAGGCAUAUCCAUAGUAUUGAAGUUUAUCAACAAUAUCGAUCCUAUUGAGACGUUGCUGACCAAUAGGCUCGCCCCUAUAACAUGGGACUUAACUUAAACAUAGUUGGUGAGGAGUCGUUUAUGCUAUAUUAUCUUGAUUAUCAAUAAUCACUAUCAAUCGGCAACACUAAUGUAAAUGUACCUAGAAAAUUACUUUAAAGGACACUUUGGUCAAGUAAAUUCCAUCUUGAGGGAAUUCUUACAAGCCACGUCAUAAUAUGUGAAAUGUCAACCACAAUACCUUGCGAAAUGACGUAGAAUCUAUCAUUGUAAAAUUUUCCUGUAACAAGCUUAUCUAUAAUUUUGAAGAGACAAGGUACUAGAAUUGAAACUAAAAUCCUUAAUUUCUAAAUUCCUAUCAAACAAUCAUCUUGAAAUGGCAUAACAUACUGAAAUGGGUUUGGAAGGCGGGUCCUUUCACAUAUCCGUAGUCGUAGAGCACUAAGCCAAACAGAUUGUAAAUCUGUCAGACUAUUCGAAUAAUAGAAAUCAACGUCUAUCCUUCCUUACCAUUAAUUUAGGUGCACCUAUCGGCACUGGAAAUUGACGUUGACGUGAAAUAACAACUAAAAGACUAUAAAUAAUAAUAUGUUACGGAGUGAAGUUGGUCCGAAUGUAUAAAAUGCGUUCGGACAAUCCAUGAGCGCAUUUUUAUAUUUUUAGAUUUGAAAAAAAUAACGCUGAAUCAGCUGCCAACUUCAUAGUCGAAAAGCAAAAAAAAAACAAAUUUCAUUCGUCGUUUGAAGUUGUUGCUUCACGUACAAAAGCGAUUUCCUUCCUACAUUUUUGUAUUCUAUAAUAAUAAAUCAAUGCAUACUUCGGUGCGUAUCGUGCGUGAAUCUCACAGAGCAGAUCACAUGUAGACGUUCUAUAGCCUGUAUUUUAUAACUAUUCGGCAAUAAAUUGGUCAGAGUAGCUCUGAACUUUACCUCUAGUUACGCAAUCAGUAUUUACAGAGAUCCUGUUAAUCGAGGCUGUAAUAAAGCUACAUACUAUGUUAUACAAUA